CAAGCAAGCACCCUUGGCUUCAGGAUACAGAGUUCAAGUUCUAGAUACUCUCAUCCUUUUUAAUUUCUCUCUCUCCCUCCGUGUCUCUCUCUCUCUCUCUCUCUCUCUCUCUCUCUCUCUCUCCCCCCCCUCUCAGUUUCACUCCGUAGCUCAAGCUGUCCUGCAAUUCACUACAUGACCCAGGCUGGACUUGAAGUCACAGCAAUGGCUGCAGGGUGACUUCCUGGAUCCUCCAUGCUUCCAGGUCCUAGUGAGGACGGGUGGUCCCCGCAGGACACAUGGGCCUAUCAGCUGGCCUCCCUGUGCUGCUGCUGCUGCCGCUGCUGCGGUCCGUGGUCCCUCAGGCCCAGUCUCCGCGAUCCCAUUCUCUGCACUACCUCUUCAUGGGUGCCUCGGAGUCAGACCUGGGGCUGCCUUUGUUUGAGGCUAUGGGCUACGUGGAUGAGCAGCUCUUUGUAUCCUACAAUCACGAGAGUCGCCGUGCUGAGCCCCGGGCCCCAUGGCUCUUGAGUCAGACCUUGAGCCAGCUGUGGCUGCAGCUGAGUCAGAGCCUGAAAGUGUGGGAUCAAAUGUUCAUCGUAGACUUCCGGACCAUCAUGGACAACUAUAACCACAGUAAGGUCACAAAGCCGGGGGUGUUGCCCAAGUCCCACAUCCUGCAGGUGAUUCUGGGCUGUGAGGUGCAUGAAGACAACAAAACCAGUGGCUUCUGGAAGUAUGGGUAUGACGGGCAAGACCACCUUGAAUUCUGCCCCAAGACACUGGACUGGAGAGCAGCAGAGCCAGGCGCCUGGGCCACCAAGGCAGAGUGGGACAUGCACAAGGUCCGCACCAGGCGGAACCAGGACUACCUGGAGAGGGACUGCCCUGAGCAGCUGAAACAGGUCCUGGAGCUAGGGAGAGGGCUUCUGGGGCAGCAAGUGCCUCCUUUGGUGACCGUGACCCAUCACUGGGCCUCUUCAGGGACCUCUCUAAGGUGUCAGGCUCUGAACUUCUUCCCCCAGAACAUCACUAUGAGGUGGUUGAAGGACAAUCAGCCACUGGAUGCCAAGGACAUCAGCCCUCGGGAUGUGCUACCUAAUGGGGAUGGUACCUAUCAGGCCCGGAUGACCUUGGCUGUGACCCCUGGAGAUGAGAUGAGGUUCACCUGUCAGGUGGAGCACCCAGGCCUGGAUGAGCCCAUCACCGCUACCUGGGAUUCCUCGCCAUCUGGGGCCAUGAUUGCCGGAGUCACCGGUGGGACCACCGUUUGUGUCAUCUUCUUUGUCGGAAUUCUGCUCCUAAUCUUAAGGAAAAGGAAGGCUUGGGGAGAAGCCAUGGAUGACUAUGCUUUAAUGGAGUGUGAGUGACCUCUGCAGACCCACGGGAGACACAGACUCAGCCAAAGACUUGGAAGGGGCACGCUUGCUCCGUUCUAAGACAGAGUUGGCCCUAGAACACAGAAACUGCCUGAGGAACUCUCCUUUUCCCCGUUCCCUGUUCACUCCCUUAAGAUGUUCUGUCUGCCCCAGAUGCAGCCUCUCCUUCCAGAACUGGUCUCAGGAAUCUCGAAAGAUUCUCUAAGAUGCUUCUCAGAACCAUCCUUCACUUCCUCCAUCCAUCUGGACUCCAUACGUCUACUAAUAAAAAGCUUUCCUAAA